AGCGAGGCGGUGGGUGGGCGAGGUGGUGGGUUCAGCUGUGGUGAGGUGAAUUUGCCGUUCAGCGUGUUACCAAAUUUUUCCACGGAGCUACUUGUGUACGACACAUCAAAAUGUGCACCCUGUCAUGUGCCAGACAGCUAGGGAUGUAUCAGUCAUCUGAUGCGUGAGGGCACUGACUGAAGACAAUCCCUCACAGAUCUGCCCUCUGCAUCUGCAGGUGUUGAGUGGCGAUGUAGCCUCAGCAACUUACAGUGGCUGGAAGGAUUGAUCUGUGAAAAUUUGAGUGCUUGAUGAAAAGGUGGGGGUUUUAAACUCAACGGGAAGGUGUGGUAGCUAUCAAGCCUAUGUUAGUGACCAUCACAGGCAAGAUGACCAAAAAGCAAUAUGAUCUGGUGCAGAACGAUGAGUAUGACUGUCGCAUUCCUCUCCACACCUGAAGAAGCAUUCCAGCAUGGCAUUUCUUUCCAAGCAAAAUACAUCGGAACUCUUGAUGUUCCACGCCCAUCAAGCAGGGUAGAAAUUGUUGCAGCUAUGAGGCGGAUCCGAUAUGAGUUCAAAGCAAAGGGAUUGAAGAAAAAAAAGGUUUCACUGGUUGUUAGCACUGAAGGUGUCAAGGUUUCCUUGAAGAAAAACAAAAAGAAAAACCAGUCUGCAGAAGAAAACAAGCUUCUAGUCAUGCACCAUCCAAUUUACAGGAUAUUUUAUGUAUCUCAUGAUUCACAGGAUCUGAAAAUUUUUAGCUACAUUGCCAGGGAAACUCAUUCAAAUGUGUUUAAGUGUAGUGUUUUCAAAGCAGCAAAGAAGAGCCAGGCCAUGAAGGUGGUUAGGACUGUUGGCCAAGCAUUUGAAGUGUGCCAUAAAUUGGAAUGUGGGGAUGAUGGGGAAGAUGCUGCCCAGAGCAUCAUCGGCAGUGAAGAUCUGAGUGCACAUGUGCGCAGGGCUACAGACACAUCCUCAGACCCACUGAGUAUGGAUCUGCCACCCUAUGACUCUGCAGAUGUGAUAAACACAAAUCUCAGGAGGCCAACAAAGCUGGAGCCAUUGUCUCUUCCACCUGGAGGUAGCAACAUUCUCCUGCCAGCUGAGCUCUUCACCUCACCUCUGACAGAGCCACUGGGGCUGGAGGGCAUUCUGCCACAUGCAGGCACUCCUCUCUCUGCUCACCAUGAGCAGCAGCUAUUGAGGGAGCAGCUCAUCCAGCAACAGCAACAGACAAAGGCUGCCUUGGCUCAGGUGCAUUUGCUGCGGGACCAGCUGAAGGCCGAGACGACGGCGAGACUGGAGGCGCAGACGCGCACGCACCAGCUGCUGCUGCACAACAAGGAGCUUUUGGAGCACAUCAGGACGCUGGUGACGCAGCUGCGGCUGUCGGAGCAUCCGCCGCCGGCUCCCGUCAGCAGCGACAGCCGGUCGGCCAGCGUCGAGGACCUGAAGGCGGGCGCGUCGGGCGCCUCGUCGAUCGACGCCGGCCUGGGCAGCAGCUCGGUCAGCGCCGCCGCCGAGCCGCCGGCCAGCCUGCUCGGUCGGCUGGCGCGCGGCGCCUGGGCCCGCCACACCACCACCUGAUGAGGGGGCGGACGGUGACCGUCACCCAGUGAGGAGGUCCUCACCGCUUCCUCUGUGCGAGCCGUGACUGGCGGAGCUGUGGGGCACCGGCCGACGGUGGUCGGCGACGCAUCUGGCCACGGACUGACGGGGGCCCGCGCCGCCUCCUGAUCACGGACUGGCGUGAUGCGUCCCGCGGCACACGAGUCGGAGCGUGGCCGACAUGGUCGGGGUGAGGCGCACCGCCCCGCCCCCCCCCCCCCCCCGGGCGUCCGCACUCUCUGCCAUACUGACACUCGCACCCCCGAGCAGCGGCGGCGGCGGCGGCGGUGGCCGGGAGGCGCCGCUCGUGCUGUCCCGGUGCGCGCCGGGGGGCCGCACCGGCGGCGCCUCUGUGUAUCCGUCGGUGGUGUGGUGCGAGUGCACGCGAGUGUGGGCGCGGAGGAGCUGCGUCUUCCUGGGAACGUGACACGCACCUGAGCCUGGCGGCCUGAGCCCCCACGCCGUGUGGGCUGGAGGCGGCGGGUUGUCGUUGCUGCCGGACAUAAUCAUUGACGUUGAUCUGAUGUAAUGCAUUUCCGAGAGCUGAGUGGCGCUCAGUAUUUUCUGAAGGUAGUCGUUUUCCCUGAACAAAGGUCCGGACGACAGUAGCGAGUCGUGGACCCAGCCAUUCUUGCGUAUCAUGCAUAGUACAUACAAACGAAACAUUCCAUCCGAUGUCAGGUCGUCGCAUGCCCGGAGGACAUGUGUCGCUGUUGCUGUUCUGUGUAGCGUGUGAUUAAGUUAAUAGACGUCCCAAGCUGUGA